UAUAUGGAAUAAAGAAAACAAGAAAAUAGUUGCCCUCCCUUUUAUGCCUAAAAUGAAACAAAUCACUUAAAAAUGAAAGAAAGUAAAUAUAAAUUUGUGUAUACCUUUGAUAAUACCAUAAAAAACAAAGUAUGUAAAAAUAAAUUGGGAAGAAGACAGUAAUACAGAUAUGUUGGGGGGUUAUACAUAAUCAAUUGCAGCAAUUUUGUAGACAAAUAUGUGGGGGGAAUCAGGUAGGGGAAUAAGGACUAGAAUCCAAGAACACAGAAGGGCAGUACAGUUUAACUCUCAGGGGAGUGCUUUAAAAACAGUAGGCUUAUAUCAAAAGCAAUAAAAUCAGUAAUAGGAGGGUGGUAGAAGGAGCACUCAUCAGAGAGAUUAAAGUAAUAGAAGGAAACAAAGGUUUUACCUUAGAAGGUCCCUUAAGCCGAGCUUUGAUAUUAAAAGAAGCUGAGAUUGACCCUUCUGACCUGGAGAGUAGGUUUUCUGCCCAACAGACUUUUGGUGACCACUCACAUACCACAAGGGUGAAUCUCGUUGACCAUCAGCUCAGGAUAUCAGAGAGACAAGAGGGGAUUAGCAACUCUCAAGGAAACCAGAACAGCCAUCACAUAAAUGACAGCUCAACAAGAAGAACUUCCAGAAGACUUCUGGGCCCUGACCCAGGCUGACAAUCUACACAUCUCUUGAAAAUGGACCACAGAUAGGGCCUGAAAGUACUCGAGUAUGGAGUGAAAUAAAAUGUUAUGAUAUGUCAACAUUUAUUCGGCGGUAUGCAAAAUAUAUAAAUGAAAAAGCCAUAUCAUACAGGACAGUAGCAUUUGAUUUCUGCAAAGUUAAAAGAGGGAAAGAGGAUGGAACUCUACGGACAAUGCCCACAGACCAGUUACUCAAGACGCUGCCAGUGCUACAGGCGCAGCUUGAUGCCCUCCUUGAUUUUGAUUGUACUGCCAAUGAGCUCAGUAAUGGAGUCAUCAACUCAGGGUUUAUGCUCCUGUUCAGGGACCUGAUACGACUGUUUGCUUGCUACAAUGAUGGUAUCAUCAACCUUUUGGAAAAAUAUUUUGAAAUGAACAAGAAACAGGCAAGAGAUGCCCUGGACUGCUAUAAAAAGUUUCUCAUUCGUAUGGACCGUGUGUCAGAAUUUUUGAAAGUCGCUGAGGCAGUUGGAAUGGACAAGUCUGAAAUUCCAGAUCUUAAACAGAGUGUAGGCAUAGAAAAAGGUGAUAUCCCCGACCUCACUAAGGCUCCCAGCAGUCUCUUAGAUGCACUGGAGGCACACUUAGCAUCUCUUGAGGGGAAGAAACCGCCUACUUCAUCAGCAUCAACCAAUUCAAGUAAAGUGAAUAUCAAGAGUGCUGUGUCAGCCCUCAACUCGACUAGUGUUUCCUUUGGUACUGCGAGCAGCAAUGGACGGAUGGGGGAUACGAUAGCUACCGGGGAGGAGUCAUCAUUGGAUGAGAACAUCAAGAGAGCUGUACUGGCAGAGGAGGAAGCAAUGUACGAGAAGUUAAAGGUAGUGAUGAUCCCAAGCUCCUCCAUGGAUUAUGGCUUCCAAGUUCAUUCCUCUUCAACCUUGAGCCAGUCGGAUCAUGCCAAAAAUAAUCCAUUCCUGAGCUCGCCUACAAGUGAAACUGCACCUGUUCCGGUUGCUAACAAUGGAGAUUCCUCACAAAUCAUUGACCUCUUUGGUGCGGCACAAACAGAUGGGACAUCAGCUGCACAGGCUGCAGCCACCAAAGCCUCUGAUGAUUUGCUGCAGUUAACAGGAAACCCAUUUGCUGACAUUCUAGCACCUCCUGGUGGAGCUGCACCAGCUCCUGUAGCUACUCAGCCUUACACUAAUGGUGUCUCUCAGAGUGUCACUCAAAGCUCCAACUCGACUGGUUUUGUAACUGAUAAUGCGUUUGUUGCUGUUUUUGGAAACAAUAGUGCAGCCCAGAGCAGAGAUGCAAGCAGUACCUUCAGCUGGCCAGCUGCAGUAAUAGGAGGUGGCACCGACGCAGACGUCAAUCCCUUUGCUGCCUUUGAUGUGUCAGGCCCCUCUGGUCCUCCCCUUCCUCCUCAGGGUGGUGUCAGCUCCUUCGACACCACCACUGCCACAACCACCACCACUACUACUACCACCACAACCACCACCACCACCAUCACCUCCACUGGUGCUGCUGAUCUCUUAGGUGGCUUGGAUCCCCUGGCAGGCGUUGGCAACAUUGGCAUGCCUUCCCAGGCUCCCACUAUGCCACCCGCUCAGCCUCAAGCAUUUGAUGGGUAUGGGGACAUCCUGCAACCAGAGGGAAGCAUUGGUGGGGGUGUUAAUGCUUCACCUGUGACUGCUGCUGCAGUACCACCUACUGCUGCUGUUCCUGCUGGCGCGGCUGUUUCGGCUGCUGCAGGAGGAGGACAAGCAGGGAAACUCAUAAGUGGAGAUCUUGACAUGUCACUCUCAUCACUUGUUGAUAAUCUGAAUAUUAAGGGACCAACUGCACAAAAAGGUCAGUGGAGUUCUCCAAAAACUCAAUGUAAGACUGGUGGUGCUGGUUGGACCCCUGCUGCCCCUACGACUGCAAUGGUUGGUGGUUAUCGUGCACCAAUGCCUGGACAACCCAUGCCUGCAGCACAGCCAGGCCAGUGGAAUGCUGGAAUGCCAAUGACUGGCAUGCAGCCUGUGCAAGGAAUGCCUGUGACCAGUGGUGUGAUGCCUGGAGGUUUCCCAGCUGGAACUCAGCCUGCUGCGCAGCCUGCUCAGCCUACGCAACCAACAAGUUUUGAUCCAUUUGGUGCCCUGUAACAGUGCAGGUUGAUCAUAAUAUGGGCAUAAUAAAGCAAUGAGCCAACAUUGCUUUCCAUGGUCACCACUGUUCGAUGUUGUGGCUUCUUUUUGUUACUGUUGCCUCAUGUUAUGUUGACUGGGAACAUACGAAAUGAUUUAGUGUGUUAGUAGAGGUGAUUGUUGUCAUACCAAAUGCAUGUAUUAUUUUUCACUUCUCCAUUUAGAACUGUGAUGUUUUAGAAUGAAACUUUAAAAGCAAGAUUCAGUAUACCCAUGUACAGUAUGAUAAUGCCACUAGAGAAUGCAUUUUCUCAUCACGUAGACAGUUGGAAUGAAGUCCGGCAUCUUUGUGAAUUGUUGGAUGUCCAAAUAUUGUGUGUGGACUGAAAACCAGAAUGUUCCAGAUAAAAACUAGUGACUGCCAUUUCCAUAUGUCCAGUUAAGUGACACAUACCUACGAGUCUGAUGUAUUAUAGUAAGAAAUUUAAGUUUUAGUAAUUACAAAUAUGUAUUAUAAAUUGUACAUUCCAGUGUUUACAAACCAAAAGUUCAGCCGUGUGGGAUUUGUAGUAAAAAUAUUAAGGUGUGGUUGAUCUUUUUGUAAUAUAUUUAUUCUUUUAGUUAACAUUUGUAAAGUGUGAUAUGAUAUAAUUGGGAUGGAAGUAUUUCAGACUUCAUCUGAGUUCAGAUCCAUUUUAACUUUAAGACAGGUAUGAAAUAUACUCAGCACUCGAUAAUUAUUCAAGUCACACAGACUGAAUUUAUCAGUUUUACUUGCCUUAAAGUCAAGUUUCCAAUGGUGCAACUUGGAUAUCUAUGGGUACAUCUGGCUAUGCUUUAUAAUAUGUUCACUGAAAGUUUUUUUUUUUUUAUGCUUUGGAUGGAAAGCUAUAUUAGUACAGUUGAUGAGAACAAAGGCUAGAUUAUAUGAGCAUGAUUUAUAUUUAUUAAAAAGUGGAAGGUAAAUACUGUAACCUUAAUUUAACUUUAGAGAAAAUAUUUUACUUUCAGUUAAACAUUUAUGUAGAAUUUAGCCACAAUUUGUUUCACGAAUGAAUCUCCCCUGCAAAUGCUGCUCCAGUUUCUGGUUUGGAAUAGCAUUUGCCACAUGAAACUCUUCUAGGUGUUACUCAAAUCUACUACAAGAAAUGAGUAGUUGUAAAUAGGUGAGGAUGUCUGCAGUGAAUAUGUAGGUAUUGUGAUGAUACUGUGUGUGCAUUCCAGUUUGUGAGAAAUAGACACAUAGUUAUAAUUUUUAAAGUCAUGGUGCAAAUCAGUGGGAUCCUAUACCCAUGUUUGCAGGCUGUAAAUGUAUUAGCAACAUUGUCAAAAACGAAGAGAGUUAAAGACUAUAUACUAUAUUGGAGGGAUUAAUAUAAUAAAGGCCGAAGCACAGAUAAUACCUGCUUGCUUCAUGCCAUAAACACAUGACGCCUUAGAAUAAUACCUUUCAGCCUUAAUGGCCAAAGUAUUUUUUCGAAAGCCUGUUGAUGACAUAACCCAAAAUAUAGAACAUUUUAGGCUUGAAAUAGAUUAUUGAAGAAACUGACUCAUGCAGGAAAUAUAUGUGCAAGAUUUGGGAUUCCAGGCUGUCCCUCUUUCUCAUGUAAAGUAACGCCUGCCUUAAGCAAAUGUUAUUCCUGUAAUUUAAAUGUGUUGGUCACAUUUUACGUUGAUGGAAACUUUAAAAAGAGCAAUACUGGUAAUAUUGAUGUUGAUCAACCCCAGUGACCAGUAGAUGCUGUCAAGUUGGGCUGGUGUUUAGUGAAUUAGAAAUAAGUAUUAUUCCAUAUGUAACAUAGCCUUAAACUGAGUACAUUAUUUAUAUUAUAUAUAUAUAGAUAUAUUACACUAUUGUAUCUAUUCAGUUGAUGAAGAGGUAUGAAGAGAGAUUCUCAGACUAAAUGCAACACAUCAUUAGGAUAUUGUUAAUAAUUUUAUUAUUAUUAUAAUUAUUAUUUUUUUAUCUAGUGGAAGAUAACAGUCUGAGAGUUGUCUUUGUAACUCCACAUGGACUUUGUUGUUUGUACAUAAACAAAAUCUUUCAAAUUCUGUUACCAGGUUUUAGCAUUAUAUUUCUUAUCCUCCAAACUGAAGUCUGAUAUCCAGAUGAAUUUCUCAACUAAAUGGACAAUAUAUCCAUGAUGAUUUUAGAUAAAGUUUAGACAAUAUCUUCACUAUCUUUGUUGGCUCUACUCAUUUCACUACUAAGCACUUGAGCCCAUGUCAUUUUGUUUAUGUACUAUCAACUCGCCUUCAUUCAUUCUGUAGUGUCGGUGGCUGCCUCUGUGUUGUGGUAGUUGAUGAAGAAGAAAAAUUACUUGGUCCUGGAAAAUAUAUUUAUUUAUUAGUUACUCCAUCAUGUACUACUGCAAAAGUCUUCUGUAGAUACACUGGCAUUAAAGUUGCAGUCAUUUACAUGGUGAACUUGUGAUCAGUUUUUGGAACAAUUAAGAAUAAAUGUUGAAGAUGGA